CGACAGCACUAUGGAAAUAAAUGCUGAGUGAGCAGUAGCAAGCACAGGAGAUUGUGUUGCUAGUGAUAGCUCAGUGGGAAUUGCUAGUUGACAAGAGUAGGCUUGAACACAAAGGCUGUGGGAGUGAUUAAAGGAGUCUAAAGACACAUACACUAGCAAUCACACAGUCUUCCUUCUUAUUCCAUAGGACCUGUUGUCAUUGUCACUGAUGAAGCAAGCUCAGAAAUCCUCUACCCCAAUUACUACAACUGCCAGCGCCUGAAGUGCUUGACCAGAUGCCAACUGCUGACAUCGUGUCUGUCCUCUCUGCCUCUGAGACUCCCAUCGUCAGGAAUCCUUCAGUCUCCUCUGGUGCAUCUACCCCUUACUGAUAGGACACAGCUCCUCUGGACUGAGAUUUACAAAAAAACUGAGAGAUAAAAAGCCUGAUCUGUGAACAGCUUUUGGCUUGUUUGUUUUUUUCCCCAAUUCCCUGACAGGCAGAAGCUGAAGGAUGCUCAGCUACAGCCAGCUAUCUCUGAGGACUUAAAAACAAUUAAGAAGAAGAUGGGUGUUGAUGGCGAUGAGUCUGUGGAUUUUUUUCUCCUCCUUGAUAACAUUUAUGCUGAGCAGGUGCACGGUUUGCCAAGCUGCCCUGUGCUGAAAGACUUUCAGCAGACUAUCGAGCGUCGAUGCAUAGACUCACUGCUUUUCGUUCUGGAAGACGGUUCAAGAGAAGUUCUACAGAUGAGUGUUGGUCUCCUUUUCUAUACCUUACAGAAGAACAUUACAGAAGCAGCAGAUCCCUCAUCUCCAGCUGAAAAGGCCAGAAAGCUCAUUCUGUAUGCUUCUCAUGAUGUUACCCUUAUUCCUCUCCUGAUGGCCCUGGGCACCUUUGAUCACAAGUGGCCCCCUUAUGCUGCAGAUGUGACCCUCGAACUGUAUCAGCACCGGCAGUCCAAAGAGUGGUUCAUUCGUGUAUCUUACCAUGGAGAGGAGCAAGUGGUGAAAGGAUGCAGAGCAGGCCUCUGCCCACUAGAAGAAUUUCUAAAAGUUCUUUCACAGUACUCAGUCAGUCCAGAGGAAUACAGUAACCUGUGCUCUCAAACAGAGGGGAAUCAGCAAAGCGACUUGUAAACAGUUGUCUUAAAUUAAAUAGUUUAAUGUCAUCAGAA